AUGGCGAAUGUCCUUGGUUCAGCAUGGCGCUCCUUCUGGCAUACCAUGACCUCGUAUGAUCGGCACGCAUCCCAUGACUCUCCGUAUCGGACGGGCAAACAUGUGCCUCUGAGUCAAAGCCGCCAUGAGCCUCUGACGUCCAUUGCGACCAGCGCCAUCGAAUCGCGACCGGAUCUCACGGAUUCCUACGAAGAUGACCAACCCAAAGCCUCGACAAGUUCUAAUUCCAAUGGCUGGACGGGUUCUCCGACUGGCAUGGGCUCCCCCAACCGCCCUUAUUCCCCUGGAAUGCGAUCUCUUUCCUCCCAGAAACAACAAUCAACUGACCCCAGUGGGGAGGGCGCGCCCGAGAUUCAGAUGCAAAGUUUCCACGACGGCGCCCCCCCUCCGCCCCCGGUUGCUCAUUCGUGGAGGAAAAUCGACCGUUGGCUCGAAAGCAAUUACGAGGAACUUUUUGACAAUUUGUGCGAAGGGUGUACGCAAAAUGACAUAAACGAACUGGAGCAUGAGUUAGACUGCAGUCUGCCGCUGGAAGUGCGAGAAUCAUUGAUGGCCCAUGAUGGGCAAGAACGUCCUGGCUUGCCUACAGGUCUGAUCUUCAGCUGUAUGCUUCUGGACUGUGAAGAGAUAGUUCAGGAAUGGAAAAAUUGGCGGACUGUCAAUGAGGAAUAUCUGAACUCCUCUGGUAUGAUGGCGUCGCCCCUUCCACCGAAAGCCCCGGCGAGCUCCUCGUCGGCUGCCCCAUCCACCCAGGGCUCCUCCAAUCCAUUGUGGAGACAGGAUCUUCUCGAACGCCAGGAUUCCCAACCCCCCGGGGCAGUGCAGAAGGCAUACGCCCACCCUGCUUGGAUCCCUCUCGCUCGUGACUGGGGUGGCAACAACAUUGCCAUCGACCUCGCACCGGGACCCGCAGGCAAAUGGGGCCAAGUCAUAAUUUUUGGCCGGGAUUAUGAUUGUAAAUAUGUUGUCGCCCGGUCCUGGGCCGCCUUUCUCGCGGUCGUUGCCGACGACAUCUGCAGCGGUAAGGUUUCUGUGGAUGAGGAGACGAACGAGCUGAAGCUGUUGGAAUUCAAAUCCCAGAACGUCGAGCCUCCCUACAUGGAGAUCCUUCGAUGGAGAACGGAUCAGAAGUACGGCAGAAGACCCCCUCGCCGCAAGGGUCCUAAUGGACUAGGCCUGAGCACCGGCAGUAAGUCCGGCAAGGAAUCUCCCUACGGAAGCCCGACGCCUAGUGAAGAACGCGGCAGAUCACCCCAUCGCUUCCCCAACCGUGGGUCUACCCAGAGCCCGAAGACACAGUUUGGUAUAUCCAGCCCUCUCGCUCGUGUCACGGAAGAGGCGCCGAGCCCCGUACAGACGAAUGGUGAAACUGGGCUACCCGAGGGGGCCGCGAAAGCAGACAUGCGGGAGGUUCAGGGUGAAGAUCUAAUGGAAGUGGCAACGCCCAAAGUACAGGACAAUGAGAAUGAAGGCGCACCCGGGAAGGAGGACGAACAGAAGCCGUCCGAGACAGAGGCCACGCAAAAGCCUGAGUCCAAUCCAGGAACAGCCGGCGCCGCCACCUUGGAUGCAGAGGUCUUGGGUGAAAUGAAAAAUGUAGCCAUUUAAGCUUGCCCUCGGGGCUUUCUUCUUUUUCUUCCGGCUCUUUUUUCUUUCCUUUCAUUUCCGUUCCUUAUCUUCACGCCGAAUCCACGCCUCCCCUCCUCGGGUGGAGUUUUGGGCCCUAUCGCCCUCACAAAGGGCGCCAAUGCCUCUUCUCUCCGUUUUUUCUUUCGUCUCAUUCUCCCCAGUUUCAGAUGUGUUGGGCGUUUAUUUCGAGUUGAUGGAUUCGGGUGGAGCCUGUUUUAACCUGCUUGUAUAAAUUUUCUAGUUUAUUCCCGAUGUAUUCUAUGGCAUUCUCUCGAGCUUCAGGGAAGCCUUUUUGUUCGUGUCGUUUGGAACCCGUGCCAUCCCAAUCGCCUGUAAUUUUACUUCGACGAUCAUGCAGUUUUCAGUCCUUGUUGGUUUUGCCAUAUCAUC